UUGGGCCAUACAAUGUCGCAGCUUGGACAGUCCGCGCAGGGCCCUCCGGCGCCAGCACCAGCAUACUUUCAGGCGCUCCUCGAACGCGGCACAAAACGAACAAACAACGAUGAACCGCAGCUACAACUCGGCCUGCAAGACAUCGCCCGCAAGGUGCGCAACCUUGGGAAGGGCUUCACAGAUGCGCGUGCCCAUUAUCUGCUCUCCGCCUCGGGCGUCAACACCAGCCAAGCGCUUCGUGACCUGGACGAUCUGGUCGGUCCCCGAACCUCGCAGCCGCAACCAGCUGAGAUUCCUGUUGGAGGAGUGAAAGAGACGUUGGCACAAACAUAUCAGAGCGACUUCCAGAAGAUGGUGGAGAGCCAUAUCCAAAGGGCGCAUGAUGACUUUGAUCAGAUGAUUGAGGAACGACUGCAUGGUGUGGACUGGGAUGCGCAUCGCCAGAGAAUUUACGAGCACUUUGGACUGAAGCGGCCGCAAUCUCAGGACGAGCAGGCUACAGCUGGGGGAAGAUCGACAUUUGGACGGUCAUCAAGACGUGUCGGAAGGGCUUCGACAGCAGCCGGCCAGUCGAGCUUUGGGAUCUCAGGAAUGGCCAGGUCUGUCAUUGGAACUGCAGGUUCGCGUGGUGGAAGGAGCAGCGUAUUUGCCGAUGUCGCGGAUAAAGCACCUGCUGAGGGCUUCCGCCUAGCUCCAGAGGAUGGCAUCUUGCGUAAGAAGCAGGAGAAAUACUCGGACAAGGUGAAAGAUCUCAAUGUUGCUCGCUUGCAAGAGAAGGCCUACCCGCUCCUUACCAGAUUUGCGAAGGUUGAAGAAGAAUCCGAGGGCGAGGGCGACAAACUGCUGGUGUCUGCUUUCAAGGCACUUGUCUACAUGACAGGAGAGGAUGUCACGAAGGAGAACAUUUCCGAGCGUGGUGUGGUCCGCGAGCGACAAUAUGCUCAGGCAUAUCUCGAUGACAAUGAAAACUCCGCGGCCAACAUCGCCAUCCGCAAGCGCAUCAUCGAAGGAUCGCGCAAAUACUUGGAGGUCAUGUACCUCGAAAAGGUCGAGACGACAGUGAGCAAGAACCCCCGGGAAGCCAAUAUGGGAGGUGUUCCGACAGCUUUGGCCAGAGUGAAAGGCUUUGUCAGAGUCUGUGCCGCACGCAAAGAACUUGGCUCGGACCUUGAGGUACUCCAGGAGCUGAACGGAGACUACUGCUGGCCCAUCAUCUUCUACCUCCUCCGGUGUGGACUGUUCAACGAGGCGCUCCAGUACGUUGAUGACAACAUUGCAGCAUUCCGCCAGAUCGAUCGACAAUUCAUGCGCUAUCUCAAAGCAUACGUGGCCAGCGACGACCACCGAUUGCCGCCGGACCUUCAGACUGGAAUCAAUAACGAAUAUUCUCAACGAGUACGCUUAGCACCGGAAGACUCCAUCGAUCCCUACCGCAUGACAUGCUACAAGAUUAUCGGCCGUUGCGAUUUGGGCCGACGGAGCUUGGAAGGCAUUGCCAAUGACAUGAUGGACUGGUUAUGGUUGCAAUUCUCCCUGGCGCGAGAGUACAACCGAGUCGACGAGUUUGCUCAUGAAGCAUUCAGUCUCGCAGAGGUUCGUCAGUCCGUCAGGGAUGUUGGAGAGCGGUACUUUGGUCCUGGAAACGAGAUUGCCAACGCUCAAAGCACGCUCUUCUUCAUGCAAAUCCUCGCAGGCUUGUUCGAGAAAGCUGUCGCGGACCUAUACCCUCACAACUACCUGUCGGCCGUGCACUUUGCCAUUGGUCUCGACUACUACGGACUCCUUCGCGUGAGCGACAUCAAUAACAGCGAAGACCUGCUCACCUACACUACCCGCCAGCAAUCUCAAAUCGCAUUCGGCAGCAUGAUCGGGCUGUAUACUCGCGACUUCAGGACUGCGAACGCUACCGCCGCGGUAGACUACAUCACCCUAAUCUGCUUGAAUGCCGACUUGACUGGCGAACUUGGCAAGGCGCAACGUGAGCUCUGCCACCAAGCGCUCACUGAGGUGGUACUGGAGACUCGCGAGUUCGCGCAGCUCUUGGGCGACAUUCGUGCUGAUGGUCAGCGCAUCAAAGGCGCGAUCGAUCAGCGUCUCAGGCUGAUCAAGAUCGACAACGAGCGCGAGUUUCUUAAGCACAUCACGCUUGUGGCCGCGAGAACAGCAGACGAGCAGGGACGUACGACCGACGCUUCUUUGCUGUACCACUUGGCAGAAGACUACCAAAAGGUUUACCAGGUGGUCAAUGAUGCAGUGUCUCUUGCGCUUACUACCGAACUUGGCGAUCAGCCAGCGCGUUUGAUACCAUUGAAGCCACGCAAUACCGACGAUCAGAACAACCAGGACCAGAGCCAGAACCAGACAAGUCUCAGUCUGACCGCCAUCGAUGAUCCCGUGCAGCUUGCGAAGGAUAUCAAAUCAUUGUACAACAGCGACGCAAUGUACCUCAACCGCAUCGAUCGCAAAUACAGCGACUCUUGCGACGUUCUCCUAUUGCUAGCGAAGGCCCGACAGGCACUUGAAGCCGGGCAGUGGGCUUCUGUCGUCGAUGCCGUCGCUCUAUCAGACGUCAUCCCCACCGAAACCGGAGGCAACAUCUCCGCCAUCCGCAGCAAAGCGCAAGCCUUCGACAUGAUGCCCGUGCCCGUGGCUCGCACGAUCGGCCACGUCAUGGUUUGGACGGUCAUUGCGUGCAGCAAUCAGGUCGAGCGCCUGCGACAUCAGGAAUUCGAGACGGGAAUGCAGGCUCAGACGAUCGAACGUUGUGUGCAGACGGCAAAGGACGUCAUGGUCUUUGCGGGGUUGAUCAGAUACAAGUUGCCUGGAAGAGUCUGGGAGACGCUGGCUAGGGCUGGGCAGGACUUGGGAGCGUAUUGA